AUGUGCUUCAAGCUAAUUAUAACGUCGCCCGUGUGCAUCCCUCUUAUAAAAAACUUUUGUUUCAACUCCAAGAACCUCAGGUACAUAAUAAUAAGCAUUGUGAACCAACAGCUGGUUACAGACUACCGGGAGAAGUUGGAGAAGAACCUGAGCAACUUCUUUCGCCAGUGGGGCAUAAACAUCACGCUUAUAACGGAGCUGGGCUCGUAG